CGAUUUUAUUAAUUAUCACCAUUUUUGUUAAUUUUGUUCUGCAAAUUUGAUAAUUAUCCCUCAAAGUACCAAUGAGUGAAUUAACCACCAGUUAGUUUUGUUAGUUCUGUUAACCGCAGGUUAAAUUUAUUAAAAUUUUUGCAAUUUUGUGAAUUAACCACCAGUUUUAAGCCCUGUAAGUAGUUUUGAGUUGCCAUUUGAUGAAUCAGUGUAGAAGUGAAAGUCUGUUGGAAGUGAUAUUAUACCUCCUUUGGAUCUGUUAGCAUCCCAACCAUCGAGAACGAAUUGCAUCCCAACCAUAUAAGAAUGAAUUGUAUCCCAACCAUAUAAGAAUGAAUUGCAUCCUGAUUUUCAGCAAUUGAAAAAAUGUAAAAGUUAGCAAUUGAUGUAAGCACCUUUUGGAAGUGUCCAACCUAGUUAACGAUGUCAGCAAGGUGUGCAACCUUUCCGGGAUAAGUGUCAACACCAGUAGCUAAUACUACCGCCUCUAAUUCACCUUGUUUACGGGUUGAACCAGAGAAGACCUCACUACUAUACCAUAACAGUUCUUUGAGUUAUCCCUCGAAAUAAUUAGUUUGAUAAUGAAAGCUGGAAGUUUAUGGGAUUAAUGCUUGCUAUAUAUUCUUCCGUUGUGUGUUGGUCGUGUUGUAUACCUUGAUUCUGAUGUGGUUGUUGUUGAUGAUAUAUCCACACUUUACAAUUUCAACUUAGUUGAUGACAAAGUAUUGUCUGCCCCUGAGUAUUGUAAUGCCAACUUUAAUACCUAUUUGAACUUGCAUGUUAAUAAUUAGUCAAAUAAUUGAAUCUGUUUUUAUUUGAAAUCACAUGAAUAUGCCUAACAUGCUUGUGCCUGUAACUUUUACAAUUCGUUUAUGGAAAUGAGCUUCACAACCAGGGAAAUAUCAUGAUGCUGCACAGAAAUACUUGCGUGUCUUGGCCUGCGAUGAAAAGAAUGUCAAGGCCUUAUACCUUAGGGGCCAAGCAUGCAAAGAAUUAGGUCAAUUAGAGGCACUUGAAGUUACCCCUGGCGAUGACACAAUUGCUGAAGUUUUAAGGGAGGCUAAAGAAAGUCUAGGAAAAGGAGAUGUCACGCGAACUUCAACAGAUCAUUCCCAGCUCUUUGGGUUCAUCAAGUGGUAGAUUGAGUUUAAAGUCUCGUUCAAAAUGUACCUGUUGAUGAUAUUGAUGUUGUUGGUGAGAAGAGCAACUCUUCUGGUUUAUAUUCCAAUCCAGGAAGUUCAUCCCAAUCAAGUUUUCCUACAUCAAUGGGUGAUAUGCAAGAACCGAUGAGAAAGAAGAUGAAGAUCUUGCCAUGAGAACAGUGUUCUCUUUGAUGUUGAAAAUUAUGAGUCCAUAUAUGAUGGCCAGCUUGAGUGAGCAAUUAAUUUGGCCUUAAGCUUCCAAAGAAGACGCUGCAAAAGCUCAAAAAUCCAUUAUAACAUUGUCACCUGAAGAUCUGGAUAAAAUGAUGAUAUACAUUUUGAAGAUGAUAUGAUAUGAUAGAGGAUAUGAUACAUUUUGAAGAUGAUAUGAUAGAGGAGAGAGAAUGUUAGAGAGAGAAGCUGGAGGGAAAUCCUCUCCAGCUACGAAUACAACCACCGCCCUCACGGUAAACUCCAUCUUGACAGGGACCGUGCACUCCGUCCAGCAGCACCAACAGGCACGACCAAGGGGUAAGAGUCAACCACCAACAUCAUCAACCACCUCUCAACCACAAAUUUCCAUAUCUCCAACAGAAACUUGCACACACCCCCAAACAACACCAUCCAUAACAGCAUCCCUUCCUAAGACCUUUAGAGAUGUUGUUUCUCUGGAACACCCACUUACCAUAUCCUUAAAACAACCAACACAAAUCAAGCCACAUCUACCAUACUCCACUACCCCACCACCACCAGUAACCCUAGGGGAUGGUCUUUUCCUACCAGUUUCAAAGGAGAAGUAUGAGGAAAUCUCCAAGCCAUGGCUAGAAUCGGUGAUUGUAAAAGUAAUAGGUAAAUCCUUUGAAAAACAAUUUUUCCGUAAGGAAAUGAUGAGAAUAUGGAGCAUACAGUCAAAAUUGGAACUUCUGGCCCUAGGGAAGGGUUUCUAUGCAGUUCACGGGCUACCAGCAGAAGCUAGAACUAAUGUUCUGGCAAAUGGUCCAUGGUUCAUUAUGGGAGCCUUACUGUGGACAAGAAACUGGGAACCAUCCUUUAGACCGUCCAUGGCCAACGUUGAUAUGGGACCAGUUUGGGUCACCCUACCAGAACUCCCCCUAGAAUUCUACUCAAAAGAGAUGCUGGAAGGAAUUGGCCAACAACUGGGCACACUGGUUAAGGUGGAUACACAUUCUCUUAGGGGGGAAGCGAGGAAAUUUGCGAGCCUUUCCGUGCUUGUACCAAAGGGAACACCACCAGCAAAGGGAAUUUGGCUAGGAAGAACUUACCAACCCUUUGUCUACUCAACAGGCAUCUGGUUCUGUAAGGGGUGCAACGCUUUUGGUCAUGCAAAUGACUCGUGCUCAAAAAAUAAAAAUGGCAACACCCAAACACUUGAAAAAGGAGAUGGAAACAUGGCCAAACAGAGGUGGACCAGUGAAGAAGACGAAACGUGGAAAAUGAUUAGUAGAAAAGGAAGGAAGAUUAAUGAUAAUCACGUCAUUAGUAGGGGGGGCCAACCCACUAACCAACAAAGGUGGACCCCAAAAAAGAACAAGGAGCCGUCGUUUGCAGAGGAAAAAACUUAUGGGGAACCCUCAAAAAUUUCGGAAAGUGUGAGAACAGAAGAAGUAUUCAUGGAACACACCUCCAAUCCUUUCUCUGCUCUAGAAUCCCUUGAAUCUAGGGAAAUAGAAGAUGAAGAACUGAUGGAAAACCCAUCAACCACUAUACCCUUGCCACGCAACACUCAAACUCCCUCGAAACCCAACACUCAAUCUGUAACCACCCUACCCUUCAUCCAAACCCUUACUCUACCCCGUAAUGAUGGCACGACACGAAACCCAAACACAAACCAUAGCCAAAUUCAAAUAACUUCCACUUCCCAACACAAUACCCAAAACACAAACAUCAGCCAUGACCCCUCCAAAAACACUAUCACCUCAAUCCUCAACAGGAAGCUCAUCACCCACCACCUCGACAGCCUCACCUCCAUUAAUGGAGUCGGAACCACCCAUUCUCCUCCGCUGCCCCUCGCUCCCCCUAAAACCAGAAAUAAAUCUCCACAACACCUUUUAUCUCCUACCCUGCCAAUUCCACCUUCAAGAACUAUCACUACAAGAAGUCAAGCAAGUCAUUCUCAACCCGAAAUCAGCUCCACCAGAGGUGGACGAUCUUUUAAUGUUCACGGGGGGAGAAGACUUCGAAAUAGCCCACCUACCUCAAUUUUACAACGGAGAUCACCUUCCGCCGGUGAUGGCCGUCUUCAUGGAAUGGCUUCUCAAGAAAGAGGUCGGAGUCGAACAAGAGGAAAUCGGUCUCCUUCACAACCUGGGCCCAUGGCUCGACCCACCCCCCCUUCUCCCGAAGUGGAGACAAUUUGCCCAACUCAGGGAUGCUCCGAUCAGAGUGAAAGCCACAUGCAACACAAACGCUUUGAUGGCCAUGUCGAUCCUUCCAAAGCUCAAACAACUCUCAAUUCGGGUGAACUGGGAAGAGGUAAGAGGAAAAAGAAACCUAAGGGUCACAAAGAUCCAUGCAAUUCCUCAGAGGGAGAAGUGGGUGUGCCCCAUCACUCACGAAGAGAUCGACCCGAGGUGGGAAGCCCAAACGGCAAAGGUCAAGGCGAUGAAACGCCAACCUAAAUUACCUUAUAAUAUGUCAAUUAUCUACUGGAAUGCUAGGGGAAUUGGUAGGAAGUCUUUCAACCCCAACUUCCGUCAUCUAUUAACUACUCACAAGCCUGAUAUGGUUAUCAUCUCUGAAACGCAAGCUGGUCGAGCCAAAACCGCUAGGAUAGUUGCUAACCUCCCCUUUGACUCUUGGUACUUGGUCGAGCCGGUGGGAGUUGCUGGAGGCAUUCUUCUGAUGUGGAGGACGGACCGCAUCAACGUCCACAUCAUCAAUGAGAAUCGCCAAGGAGUACAUGGCCUUAUCGAGGUAUUCAUGAACAAACCUUGGGAGCGUUCCUUCACGACUGAUGAAAUAAAAUGUGUUCGAGACAAGUUGGCACGAUUUAUUACUAAUGAAUGUCUUUGAUUGUUCACAUUUUUAGCAUUAUAAUGAAUCUAAUACUUUAGUUAGCUACCUUUUUCCAUUAAUCAAUUUAGAUACAAUAUAUUUUAACCCGUUGUUUGAUAUUUGUUUUUUUUUUUUUUCACUUGUGUUAUUGAAUGGUGUAUGGAUGAGCUAAGGGCAUGUUUAUUGGUGUAUAGUAUAUACGUUGUGGUUUAA